AUGCCUGGCAGUGAAACUCUUCGGGCGCUGCGGCUGCUGUCCCGCAGCUCUGGUGGCCUUCUUCAAGGAUCAGAGAAUGUUACGCGACGAUGCCUUGCCCGAUCAAUGGCUACAGAGGCUCAGGCCACUUCGUCAACUACUUCCGAUGCCCCUAAUCCCUCGUUGCUUGCCCCAUGGGACCGCCCCGUCAAUGUCAUGACCUACUCCUUCCCUUCCAUGGAGCCCGUUCGAUUGGUCAACUACACCCAGAAACAACUACAGAUGCCCAUCCGCAAAGAUAUCCUCCACCGCGCAAUCAUAUACGAGGGUGAUGCCACCCGGCAAGGUACCGCCAGCACGAAGUGGAGGGACGAUGUGCAUGGAAGUCAUAGAAAGCUCAUCCCGCAAAAGGGCUCUGGUCGUGCUCGUGUUGGUGACAAGCAAUCGCCAAUUCGAAGGGGUGGUGGUGUUGCCCACGGUCCUCAGCCCCGCGACUUCUCGACAGACCUGCCUGCCAAGAUCUACGAUCAAGCGUGGCGCAUCGCUUUGAGCUACCGCUUUCAGCGGGGUGAGCUGAUUGUCAUUGAUGACAAGAUCUCGCUUCCCUCGAAAUCUACCCCCUACCUCCUCGAGAAGGUUCUCGAGGCCAAUGGAUGGAACACCAAGAAGGGCCGGUCGACAUUCAUCACGGAUGAGGUGGACAGUGAGAUGUUUGAGAAGGUGGAGAAGAUGAACCGCUAUGCGACCAUCAUGGACCGUGCCGAUGUGGAUGUGAAGAAUCUUUUGGAGACUGCGCGGGUGAUUAUCGAGAAGAAGGCGUUGGACAUGAUCCUCAAGAAGCACUCGCGGGAUCUGAACAGCAAGCCUGCCAGCGCAAAAUACCUGUAA